AAGAUCUCAGUAUAUGAAAUUAAAAACUAAUGCCACAGCAGCCGCAAACAAUAGAACUAUAGAAAAAAGGCUUCCCACUAGAAGCCAACACGCAGUUAAUAACAAGCAUAACAUGUCUGCCACCAAUUCUACCAAUGCUGCUCUGGCAAUUCAUGCGCUACGAUCUACUAGUCAAGAUUUUUCGAAUACCACCUGCUCCUCCCCUUCUAACAUUGGUAUUGGUACAAAUAUCAAAAUUUUAUUUGAUCAUGUAGACAAGUCAUUGGAUAAGCUUAAAGUCGUGGUAGAAUUCACCGACAUGGAUGCCAUGUGGCUGACACGUGUCUAUCAAACUUAUGAAAAUGAAUUGUGGCACAAAAAACCACGCUGUGAUGAUUUUGGCGGCAAGAAAAAAUGGUUUUUCUAUUGUCAUCUUUGUAAUAAUGUCUACCAUAAAUUUCAUUCGAUUAAAAAUCAUUUGAAUCAACACAUGAAGUUGUAUCCUUACAUUUGUAAGUUGUGUUGUAUGAAAUAUACCGGACGUAAUUCCGCUACCAGACACUUGAAGAAAGUACAUCGUUUGGCUAAAGAACAUUGGAAUGAUUACUUAACAAGUUAAGAAAAUGCAGGGAUAUUAGUUUUAGCUGGUACUAAUAUUGUUUUGUUUGUCGGAUGGAAUGGAGACACAUUAAGACACAGGUGAACAGUUUUUAUUUCUUUA